GAGAAGUAGGACGCAAAACGAAGAGGAUUAGGACGAGUGGGAAAGAGUAGGACGUGAAGGGGGAUGGAGGAGGAGAGUCGGGUGGAGUGGAGGUACCAGAGUCAGUUCAGUGCAGGCGCUGGUUGGGGGAGUGUUGCACACCUGACUCUGCUUGUCUUUCCCCUCUACCAAGUCAGUUCUUCACUAUUUCUGCGUUAUUCCUUCUUGCGUGUCGAAGUCAUCCACGCACCGCUGGAGUACUAGACCCGGUGUUUACAUCUCUCGUUAUACUCUUGUGAAAUUAAUGUAAUGCACUUAGCAAGCAAUCCUCUCGAAGUUUGUUUAUAUUUUCCACAAAGAAAAAAUAUAUAUACAUAAGAGAACACGAUUACUUUAGUGUGACUGUGAUUACCCAGGCCGUCGGAAGUGCUCACGGCUGCAGAAUAAUUUCCUUGCUGCUGCUAACUGCAUUUCAGUGAGAUAUAUGUAAUGGAGUUAUUUGUCCAAUCCUCUUUAACCCGCCAGGAAACCUCUAUAACUCUCCUUCAGAAUAUGUGAAGCAACAACUGAGUCAAGACAAUGGUAUCGUCAACGCUGGUGCUGCUGCUGCUGGUCCCCAUCUUGGCCUCUGAGCUGGUGCAGCAGGAGGUGGGUGAGGGUACAACAGACGACCUGCUGCUCACAGAGGGUCAGAUGUACGACACAGACAUUCCAUUCUUCGACACAGAAGAGUCUGCCAACGUCACAGCUCUCAUGGGCAAGACCGCUAUACUGAACUGCAGAGUUAAGAACAUUGGCAACAGAACGGUGUCAUGGAUCAGGCACCGGGAUAUCCAUCUGCUGACGGUGGGCCGUUUCACUUACACCUCCGACGAGAGGUUCUCAGCGCGUCACUCUGCAAGUUCUGACGACUGGCUCCUCAUGAUCCACUAUCUGCAGGACAGGGACGCUGGGAUGUACGAGUGCCAGAUCUCCACCACUCCUCCACAAAGUCACCUCAUACACCUCUCUGUUGUUGAGCCGGAGACGGUGAUCAUAGGUGGUCCUGACGUCUACAUCAACACUGGCAGCCGCCUGGCUCUAACGUGUAGUGUAAAGUACAGCCCCGAGCCUCCUGCCUUCAUCUUCUGGUACCACGACGAUAAGCUGGUGAGUUACGAGAGGACGCGGGGUGGGGUGGUGGUAUCAACAGAGAAGGGUCUGGUGACCACGUCGAGGCUACUGGUGCAGUAUGCAGAGACCAGACACACGGGGGUCUACACCUGCUCUCCUGCCAACUCCAAGCCCAAGAGCGUCAACGUCCACGUCAUCGCAGGGGAUCAGCCAGCGGCCAUCGUUCACGAAAACGGAUGUGCUGCUGUAGUGGGGCUAAUCUCCCUCGUGCUCUCCCUCACUCUCCUCUCCCUGUCUCUUUCUCCUCUCCUUCUUCUCUCGUAAUGCUCGGCCUCACUCGUCGCCAGCUUUCCCUCACCACUUGACGCUGGUAUUCGGAAGACAAGGCAGCUCCGCGUGUGGAUGCAGUGGCUAGAAGAAGACAGCCUGCGUGUGGAUGCAGUGGCUAGAACAAAAAGCACACGUGUGGAUGCAGUGAAUAGGACAAAGCAGCCCACGAGUGGAUGAAGUGGAUAGAACAAGGCAGCCUACGAGUAGAUGCAGUUAUAAAAACUAUGAGAGUAGUGAUCAGGGGAAAGUCAUGUUGAUACAGAUAUAAAAAACAACGUAGCCAGCAUGUAAAUAAUGACUGUGUGGACACCUGACGACUCCAGGAGUCACCCCCUCAUUGACCCAGCCUAAGACUUGGCCUCCUAGAUGACAGUCUAAUCAAACAGGUUGUUGGUGAUAACCUUACGCAGUCUAGCAUUGGCACCAUAGCCCGAGUGAUCAAAAUGAAUCUGACUCGUGUGUGUGUGUGUGUGUGUGUGUGUGUGUGUGUGUGUGUGUGUGUGUGUGUCUGUGUGUGUGUGUGUGUGCGCUGUGUGUUAGUUACCAUUUUGUCCUAGGCACAUGUCGAUUAGACACUAGGCCUGUUGUAUAUACGUGCGUGUGUGUGUGUGUGUGUGGGGGUGUG